UCAUGUUUAAAGUAAAAAAAAAAAAUAAACUACUUUCUGAUUCAAUUUUCACAGAUUUGGAUGUGUAUGUUUAGUAAGAUUUUUUAUGAAUGAUGGUAUCAGUCACUCAGUCAAUCAGUUUAUUUGUAAUUUGUUUUUGUAAAUUAUCUUUUUGUAUUGUCUUGGGAUGUUUAUAUGUGUUUGGACCACCCGCUUACCUGAGCAGGAGGUAUGUUCCAGUUAGGUCUGCUUGGGCUGGCAUAUGCCUGCAUGGUAAUGCUGGUGGAGGGCUUGGCUGCAAGGAAUGCACCAAAAAUACAUACUGCUGGAGAAAAAUGCAACCUGAAAGAGCUGUUGGCCCUCACAAAACAUCAGGUGGAGGAAAGCUUGACAAGCUUUGAUAAAGCCAAUGGAGAACAUCUUGGUACUUGGUCACCUGGCUUCCCUGAGCUGCAGGUCCACAAAUACUCUUCUCUCAAUGGGUCAAAAGUCCAGUGUAGCUUAGUCUUCAUGGCUCAAGGCCUGGAGAAAAUCUUGGAGGAUCAGUACAAUCUGAAUCCCGCAGAUGUUUUACUUCACAAGAAUCUUAACAACACAGUUUUACGGGUCAAGAUGCUUAAAGCUUGUGUGGAGAAUUUUCUCAAGGGCAAAUGCCUAAAGAAACCAUCGCCACCCAAGAUGCCCAAGUAUGUGUUCGAGAAGAAACAGUGGAGCCACACUCUGUUGAAGUCAGCCAAGGAUUAUCUGGUUUGGCUGCAGCAUAAAAUCAUAGUUUCAAAAGCCAAAGAGGUUAACGAGAAAAAAACUCAUGUUAGAAAUACUACACUCCAUAAAUACUUUCAGGGGAGUGUACAUCAUUUGUGAUCUCAUCUGAAAGUAAUUUAAUUGCAAAUACUGAUCUUGUUACAAUUAAUGUGUCUUUAACUUAAAAAUCGAUCAUUUAUGCAGCAAUUAUCUCUUUACUUUGUAAGACGAAUAAUUUCAUCCAAAUUUUUUUAAAGUAAACUGACAAUUAUUUAAUGGUAUACACAAACUGUUAUCCCCCUAUUUAUUAAACAGCAGAUAUGACACAUAUAUUUGUCUUCCAAGUGCAAAGAGUUCAGAAGCAGUUAGCUAAAUUUUGCCGUCACAUAAAUAUCUUCUAGUUAGCUAAGCAUUACAGAAAAAAUACAUAUAAAUUUCCAAACCUAAUUCAAAAUAUAUAAAAAAGGUGGCCAACCUCACAUUAGUAUUGGAGUCAUCACUUGCUAACAAGAACAAUUACACAUUUAUAGGGGUUGCUGUUAAGCUAACUGGGUGCUCGCUUAGGUGUUCUACCAUACUCUAUGGGGGCCAUUUCAACUAAGUGGUCCAGUUUACUAAAAUUAAGACAUUGCUACAUAAAAGCUAUAUCAGAAAUGGCUUUGUUUUAUUAAAUUUGAUGACCCCCAGCACUUGACACAUCCCUGUGUGACUGUAAUUAAUCAACUUGCCAAGAGAACAAAUGAGAAGAGGUUCUAAUGCAUUUACUAAUUACAAAAGGGUGUUUUCUUAGCCUUCACAGUGAUUAAUUGUUUUGCUCUGGUCAGCCAUCCCUUGUGAGAAGACCACACGGCCUGAGGGAGAAAGUUAAUCUGAAAGAAUCACAUUCUGAGAGUUGAUGGUUUAGACUUUAAUCAACAAACCUAGCAGCGAAAUUUGCAGCCAGAUGGAUAUCACAAAAGUUAUACUUGCAUCAGAAAAAUAAGAAAACAUCCUUAAAAACAAGAUGACUAAUGAUGCUCUUAUCCUGGUCACAUUAGGUGAAAAAUUUAAUUAUUUUCUAUUUAUUUUUUUGAUUGACUGUCAAAGUGAACAAAACAUGUAAAUGUUAUUCUGACUCAAAUGUAUUUAAUCUAUCAAUAUGCUCAUCCAUAUAUUUAUAAAUGUUUUUUUUUUUCUUUUACUAGCAAUAAAAUUGUCAUUUCAA